GCGGUGGACACUUGUGAAUGGAACGUUUUAUCGGCAAAUGACUGGUUGAGUCGUUGUGAGUUGCAGUGUUGCGCAUCCGAUGCAACCAACUCGCUUGUUCUAUUGACUUGUUUCGUUUGCGAGGCUCGUACAUCUUUCGAAAAUUCUCUGUUCAUCUUUCAAGGAACAGAAAAGGAAGGAAAUAACGAAAUGAACGCACUGAAUUGUGCACUGCUUCGAGUUUUGCGAUGCAGUUGUGUUGCACUGGAUGUUAUGGAAUCCGGAUUGCGCGAUUUUCUUCUAUGUGCCCUUAUAACCGCCCUCGAGAAGACUCCAGAUAGCGUUCGCAAUCUUUAUCAGACGAAAAUAAAAUUUCAGAGUUGUAAAUUGGAAUCAAAACGAGAUGAGUAUUCGCAACUGUUCGUCAUAUUUGCAUCAUUGACAAAACAGUUGUUUAUUGAAUGUGUACGAAUUGCUGAAUCAACUGUGGACGAUACAAACUUCUCAGUGUUCAGACAGGUCAAUCGAUUUCUAGAUAUUUCAUCGAACUUGUUUCAGGAAUGGGAUGAAUUUUAUCGUAAACCAGCCGAAGCGAUUUUAAUAGAGUGGUUUGUGUCACUAUGCGAUCGAGAAACGUCGUCGAUGCAUCCGGCUCUGUUACGUGUACUCUCAUCUUCGAUGCAUUUUUGUAAGGAGACAACGUUCCUGACAGUCGAAUUACCGUCGCGAUUCGACGUCGAAUUGGAUUGUAAAAAGUUGGUCGCAACAUAUAUGUUAUGCUUAUUUUUGAUCACUGUUGAUAUGACGCUUCUGGAGAAUAAAAGUUCUGUCGAGGACGAGAAAGGAGCAGGAAAAGUUGAGGUAUUAGAUGAAGAAGAAGUAGAUGCAGACGAAAGGAGUGAAACGCCAGAUGAGAAGAAAGUGUUGCCGGUGGCGAUAUUGCGAUUGAUAAAUGACGAUAUCAACUAUUCAAGUGAAGCAGCGAACAAAGUCGGUAUUGCGCCGUUGCUGCUUGCAUGGGAUGCGCUAGUGGAGACAAUGGCUCGUUUCAAAGUGAGCGAUCGAAAGGAAUAUUGCGAUAGCAGCAAUAUGUUGUGCAUUAUUGAGAUUGUCGUUGCGAAAAUAUUCGACAUUUUACCAGACAGCAUACCGAAUAUCGAUGAAAUCCUCCUUGAUCAUUCAUUAUUUCGUAUGGAGCAAAGUUCUCAUUUGGAGUUUUCACUAGUUUCACAAUAUGCUAUUGGAUUGUUCUAUCGAACAUUGACUACUUUACCGGCUCUUGUACGACAGUUGUACACAUCACUGCCAAGGUCAUUCUCAUCUGUAUUGGCCAAUUAUACAUCCAGAUAUCUGUCACCAAUCAUUUGGCGAAGCGAACGUCUUUUAAUAUCUCAACAAAAAUUGCCACCGAGUCUUCAGUGUUACUCUUUAUUGUUUGAGGUGCGUGUACGUUCAAGAGCAUGGGAGAUAUCUGCCGAAUAUGAUAUGGUGGAUGCAAAAAUGGCACUUUUGAUCAGUAUACCUCAGGACUAUCCACUAUCGAUGCCAUCGUUCGAGUAUGAGAAUGCGAUUUCAAAUCGGGAGUUGAAGAACAAAUGGCUGCUGCAAUUGAUGUUGUAUUUCUCGAGUCAUAAUGGCUCAAUAAUGGAUGGUGUGUUGAUGUGGGCUGGAUUGGUUGCACGUCAUCUUGAUGGUGUAGAAGACUGCAUGAUUUGUAUGAUGACCGUUCAUGCGAAGUCGUUGAAACUGCCUCGUUUGAAGUGUGGACAAUGUAAAAAACGAUUCCAUGUGGAUUGUUUGGUCAGUUUCUUGUUUAUUACGGCGGACUGCAGUUUGUGUACUAUUUCGUAG